CGCACGCGCACACGCGCCGCAUACGUGUGCACGUUUGUAUCGUACAGUCGUGCGCUACGAGUCGAGGUGGUGUACGGGAUCGUCGGGGAGAGCGUGGCGGCGAGCUACGAUCGAAAAUUCUCGGUGCGACAGUGCCAAGUGUCAGCGAUUUCUCCGCUCCGGGUGGACGGGGUGGGCGCGCACGGACCGCCAGGUGAGAGCCGCCCGGCACGAAAAUGAGGGAGGCCGGGAUCAUGCUGAUAAGCACCGCGCUAACGUGCGUCGUUAUCGGCAAUGCGUACUAUCAGAGAAAACAGUUCUACCCGACCGUCGUUCACAUAACCAAGUCGAAUCCGAGCAUGACCGUGAUCUACACGCAAGGGUUCAUCCUCGCGUUCAUGAUCAACGCCUUCCUGCGGAAGAUCUUCUUCGGCACUCUACGCGCCGCCGAGCUCGAGCACCUCGUGGAGAAGGUCUGGUACGCCGUGACGGAGACGUGCCUGGCGUUCACGGUGUUCAGGGACGACUUCAGCCCCAAGUUCAUAGCGUUAUUCACCCUCCUCCUGUUCCUCAAGUCGUUUCACUGGCUCGCGGAGGAUCGCGUUGAUUAUAUGGAAAGGAGUCCGGUAAUAACAUGGCUGUUCCAUCUCCGGGUCGCUACCUUACUGAGUCUUUUACUUGCCAUCAAUCUGACGAUGAUCCAGUACGCCUACCAUAUAACAGCCACUAAAGGCCCCUCCGUACAGCUUGUGUUCGGCUUCGAAUACGCGAUCUUGCUCACUGUUGUCUUCAACAUCGCCGUGAAAUAUAUCCUGCAUACUCUCGACCUGCAGAGCGAAACUCCUUGGGACAACAAGCCAGUAUUUUUGCUGUACACCGAAUUAAUUAUUGGCAUAUUAAAGGUUUUCCUCUACGUCGCUUUCGUAACCCUAAUGAUAAAGUUGUUUACGCUGCCCUUAUUUGCUCUGCGUCCUAUGUACUACACAAUGCGAGACUUCAAGAAGGCAUUCCACGACAUUGUGAUGUCUCGAAGAGCUAUUAGGAACAUGAACACCCUUUACCCGGACGCGACGACUGAGGAACUGGCCGCUGCCGAUAACGUUUGCAUCAUAUGUCGAGAGGAGAUGGUCACAGCUAGCAAAAAAUUGCCGUGUAAUCACAUCUUCCAUACCGCGUGUUUACGCUCUUGGUUUCAACGUCAACAAACGUGUCCGACGUGCCGUUUGAACAUCUUGAGGCCUACGCCGAACAAUGCACCACCUCGGCAACAAAAUCCACCCCAGCCUGUGCCGCAGGUGCCUCCGCAACCUCCGCAAGCACCUGGUGUCAACCCUAUUGGACCACCCUUUCAUUUCCCAGUAUUUUGGGCUGGAUUGCCGGCUCCAGGAAUACCUCCGCAACAACAGCAGCAGCAGCAGCAACCACCGCAACAGCAGCAGCAACAGCAGCAACCUCAGAAUAGCGCUGGAAGCACCUCCCCGCCUCAAAAUCCGAUACCACCUGCUGGAAAUAUUCCGCUUUUCCCGCCGCUAUUUCCCACAAUAGUACCAUUGCCACCUAUGCCCGUGCCACCACCGAAUUUAAUCGAACUGAGCGAAGAAGAGCUCAGAGCGAUGGAAGGUAAUUUGCGGCAAGCUGUUGAAGCCAGGAUACAAACGCUGCAAAGGAUUCAACUUUUAUUAGAUGCAGCCAAUGCAAUGAUGAAUCAAUAUCAAACAGCGGCUGCUACUGCUAACAUUCCUGUGAACAAUAAUCCUACGAGCAAUAUCGAUAAUACAUCGGAUAUGACUUCGACGGCAAAACCAGGGCCAAGCGGCAUAGCAAACACAAAUGCCGGAGUCAGUACUGGAGUCAGCGACAGUUCUCAAGUUAAAAUAGAAAACACUCCCUCUUCGAGUACAUCGAAGGAAAACACUUCUACUGCGAGUAUAUCGAAGGAAGACGCGUCAACAUUUAAUGAUACAGUAGAUUUAUCUAGGACUGAAUCUUCAAGCGAACAGGAAAUGUUGCGCAAACGUAGGUUACAAAAAUUUUCAUCUCCAUCGUCGGAAUAAAUAAAGAUAAAAUUGUGUGAUAACUUAUGUAACAUAAUAGUUUUUAACUUGGUUUAUCAUCGGCCUCAAUUAACGCAAGCGGCCAACAAUUGAGGAACUGUAAAAGCUAAGGUUUGGACUUUGUGAUCGGUGACGCGAGAGCCUUGUUGAAUGAUGUCCCAUUCGGUAAAUGGUCAGUUAAUGGAUUUUAAGCACAGAUAGAACUGUUUAUAAAUAAAUCUAGCGAUUGUUAAAUCCAGGAUUUAGUAAUAACCGAGACUGAAAGCUUGAGACUCAAAUUACAAACUGAAGUCUUACUACCAGUAAUCAUUACACGGAAGAAUGAUUUUAUAAGAAUGACAAUUUUUCGUCUUUCUUUUUGUAAAGGAUUACCAGAGUAUAUAUGGAAUGCAAGAGAUUAAAUUCCAUUGACGUUUUAAUUUUGAGAUUUAUAAACGUGUUUACCUGUAUAUAAUUACAAAUUUUCUUGCUUCUCUAUGUAGUAACCUUUACAGCCGCGUGGGAAUAUUUCUCGCGAAACUAUGUGAAACCUUAAAGUUAAUUUCAUAUUCUUUGCAUAAAAAUAUAUUUGAGUACCUUUAUCCCUAAGCUUUAAUAUAUGGAAAAAAUUCUUAUGUACAUUUAUAAUUAUAUUAUUAUGUAAAUAUGCUA